AUUUUGAAAGCAACAAGCCAACGUCAGAUUACACCCAUUCCCUUCAGGUUCCUGAUUGCCGUUGGUUAUUUUUACUUCGAAGUUUCAAAGUUUUAACCUUUCACUGAUAAAACUGCUCUCUGGAUUUUGCUUUUCCUCGACAUGAUUCUCUCCUGGAUUUAAACCCUAGGUCUGCUUUUGCAAUUCUCAGUUAGAGUUCCUGACUCCCUGUGAACGUUAGAGAAUCGAAGUUUCAGACUCUGCUCCAAAUCCCUUUUUUGAAUUGAUCAUCGAACCCGUAGAAUACUGGAGUUAAAUUUGUCACUGUAACAUUUUAGGUUUUCAGAAAGGCGUCAUGGAUGAAUUUUAAGAACCUAGAACUCAACUCUAUACUUUGCGGUGAUAACUCUGUAACAUGUCACCCCAGCGCGAUUCGCUGACUUUCAAUUAUCAUCGAGUCGAAUUUUGAGGACGAAUUUCACUGAGCAGGGACUCACCGUAUCUCAAUCCCGAUGGCGAUCAUCGGCGAUGCGCUUCGCCAGGCGUUUAUGCCUAAGCGUGAGUACGAGAGUCUCAGGGAAGAAGAAAAGGCAUGGGGCAAGCUUCAGAGACCGUUAAUAACGGCUGUUGUUAUUGUCAUUUGGCUUGCAAUCAUGGUAGGUACGAUUAUCAGUUUGAAUAUUAUGUUUCCGAGCAAUGAAGGGAGGAGGCCGUUCUGCUAUGAUCGGAGGCUUCAGCCGAUACCGAUGGGUACGAAGGGUGGAUCGGAUACCGAUCUGUUUCCGGGUGCUGCCUUUUAUUUGACGGAUCAAGAGAUUGCGGAUUAUUACUGGAUGGUUGUGUUCAUUCCUUCCAUGAUCAUCUUCUUGGUAUCGGCUGUGUAUCUCAUUGCUGGCAUUUCUGUCGCUUAUUCUGCUCCAGCUAGGCAUGGAUGUUUGAAGGUGGUUGAAAAUAACUACUGUGCUUCAAGAAGAGGAGGUGUUCGCUGCCUAUCUAUCUUGAAUCUCAUAUUUGCUAUUGUUUUUGGUCUUCUUGCAUUGUUUCUCGGAUCAAGCCUCCUGACAUUUGUGAGCAACUGCUCUGUACCCCUGUUUUGGUGUUAUGAAGUUUCGUCAUGGGGACUGGUUGUUCUAUACGGUGGUACUGCCUUCUUCCUGAGGAGAAAGGCAUCAGUGAUUCUUGAUGAGGGAGACUUCAGUGGUAGAAAUCUUGGGCUAGAAAUGCUGGAAGCAAAUCCCAUGGAGGUCACUCCAGAGGUUGAAAGACGUGUUCAUGAAGGUUUUAAGGCGUGGAUGGGGUCAUCCCUUCUAUCCUCUGAUGAAGAAGACGAACCGGACUGUUACAACGGGGUACCUCAUGCGGAGCGACUCUGAACUCACCCAAAUUCAGUGAUAGCUGGGAAGGGUGCGGCUCUGAAGUCGUGAUGGUGCCUAAUGUAACUCGAUCUGACACAAACAGACGCUAAUUAAGGGUAAGGAUGGAUUUUUUUUUUUUAUAAUUUAUUGAGCUGUAGAUUAAUAUGUUGUUAGGAAAUCAGAGUAAUUUCCGAGUGGUUAACUUGUGAAUGAUCUGACUUUUGCUUUAGGUUAUGUAGUCAAUGGAAAGCAUUUAACCAACCUUUUUCCUGAUCU